AUGCCUCUGCGUGCCUGUCCUCCUCGACGUCUCCUGGAGGAAGUGGCCACUGUGCUCUUGAAUGCAUUUCUCUUAAUCCUCGUUUGUUCUCUCCCCCUUGUAGGCAUGAAGUUUUUGGAAGACUGCCCCAUACAGCCCCUCAUUCCUCUCUAUUUGCUGGUGGGUGGGAUCAUUGGAGCCUUAAAGGUGUCUCUCCUGCUGCAAGACUCCAGCAGGAUGCGGCGCCUUCUGUCCAAAGCCAUGGUGACCCACCAUGACGACGAUGAUGACUAUCCCUGGAGGCCAAAGGUGUGGGAAUAUUACACCCACCUCAUCCUCAGCCUCCUCCUCUUCAUCUGGUCCCUUCUGGAAAACGACUGGGUCUUUUCCGUUUACAUGCCUGAUUUUAUUUCCCCUUUCCAGCAGCCUCAGGAUCAUUGUGACAAAACCCUGCACCUCUUUGCGGUAGGGGUCCUCAUGCUCAGCCAUACUGGGCUGGUCCGACUCGCCCUAUGCGACAGGUGUGCCUAUGUGCGGUCCAGGUGA